AGAGAGAGACGUCGAAAAAUUACUGUCCCACCAACCUCCGCCCCUGCAGACAUGCCACUGACAGACGUGCAACACUUUGGAUAAUAUUGUCAAACCUCUUAAAAAGAGAGGCCAUCUGACAAAUCAUCAAGUUAGCCGACGGCGUUUAAUGCGGAUGCGAUAAACGCCGACACUUCCGCGGUUCGGAGGAUCUGUUUGCUGGCGUAUGUAUGGGAGUGAACUGGGGAAAGCGAGGAGAAGAAGAGGAGGAAUCCUGUGUCUCUCAGUAUGGCUAUGCAUUAUAUCUGAUUAUCCUUGGAUGAGUCACCGACAAUGUCAUCCCCCACACAGGGUGCAGUAAACAUUGGGAAGUUUGAUUCGUCUAGAGGCACUCAGUGGGGGGAGCCAUGACUGAGGAGGAGGGGCAGUUCUACAGCGUGCAGGUGGGUGACUCCACCUUCACAGUGCUCCAAAGGUACCAACAGCUCCGUGCCAUCGGUUCUGGUGCCCAGGGUAUUGUCUGCUCUGCUCUGGACACCGUCCUUGGCUUCCCAGUUGCUGUGAAGAAAUUGAGCCGACCAUUUCAGAACCAAACCCAUGCAAAGCGGGCCUACAGAGAGCUGGUUCUGCUCAAGUGUGUUAAUCACAAAAAUAUUAUUCGUUUACUUAACGUCUUCACACCUCAGAAGUCACUGGAAGAGUUCCAGGAUUUGUACUUGGUGAUGGAGCUGAUGGAUGCAAGUCUUUGUCAGGUGAUCCACAUGGAUCUGGACCAUGAGAGGAUGUCCUACCUGCUCUACCAGAUCUUGUGUGGCAUCAGACAUCUGCACUCAGCUGGCAUCAUUCACAGGGACCUAAAGCCCAGUAACAUAGUAGUGAAGUCUGACUGCACUUUAAAGAUCUUAGACUUUGGGUUGGCCAGAGCAGCCUGCACUAACUUCAUGAUGACACCCUACGUAGUGACCAGAUACUACAGAGCACCAGAAGUCAUCCUGGGCAUGAAAUACAAGGAGAAUGUGGAUAUCUGGUCGGUGGGCUGCAUCAUGGGUGAGAUGGUGAAAGGGAGUGUCAUAUUCCAGGGCACUGAUCAUAUUGACCAGUGGAAUAAGGUGAUUGAGAUACUGGGCACCCCCCCUCUAGAGUUUAUGAACCGUUUGAUGGAGACUGUUAGAAACUAUGUGAUGAACAAACCCCAGUUUCCUGGAGUCAGUUUUGAUGAGCUUUUCCCCGACUGGGCAUUCCCUUCAGAGACUGAGCACGACAAGAUCAAAACUAGUCAAGCACGCGAUCUGCUGUCAAAAAUGCUGGUGAUAGACCCCGAGAGCCGUAUUUCUGUCCAGGAGGCCCUCAAUCACCCCUACAUCCAUGUGUGGUACGACCCAGCCGAGGCUGAUGCGCCGCCUCCACAGAUAUCAGACAAGCAGUUGGAGGAGAGGGAACACAGCAUUGAGCAAUGGAAAGAACUGAUUUAUAAAGAAGUAAUGGACUGGGAGGAGAGGAACAAAAAUGGAGUACUGAAAGAGGAGUGUUUAGUAGAUGGCACGGUGAACAGCAGCGCCACUGCCUCCCAGUCGUCCUCCAUUAACGACAUCUCGUCCAUGUCGACAGAGCAAACACUGGCCUCUGACACCGACAGCUCCUACAUCGACACCCUCACGGGGGCGUUAGAGGAGUGACAGUGAGGCCUGGCUUCCACCUCCCCUGCUCUUCACACUUGCGUCACAUCCCUCCCCCUCAUCGGUGUGGGCCAUGCUUUGGUCUUGAAUGAAGAGAACUGUGGGUGCAUGUUCAUGUGGCUUCAAGUUUACACUCUUUAUUCUUUACUCUCACUUUCCUUCUGUUCUUUCUUUUUAGCCUCACAUAUAAAAACGCGGAUGUUUAAUACUAGCUUUUAGAAUGGCCUGUUAUGGCUAAAGCUUGAAUUAUACACCAACAACUCAGUUUUGCCUUUUCAAAGGACCACAUUUAUCUAUUUUACUUUUUAAAGGGAAAGUUCACCUACAAAUGAAAAUUCUGUCAUAAUUUACUCACCCUCAUGUUGUCCCAAAUUUGUAAGACUUGCUUUCUUCCUUGGAACACAAAAGAAGAUUUUUGAAGAAUGAAGUUCUUAGUUUCAUUUUGGUCUGUUCCUUACACAAAUGUAUUAUAUGGCUUCAGAAAACUUGGAAAAUAGUGCACACGUCAUAUGGACCAUUUUAUGGUGCUUUUGUGACCUAUUUGAAAUUUGAAAGCUCCCAGUCCCCAUUCAUUGUAAUUGUGUGGAAAAGAGCGACCAGCUACAUUCUUCAAAACAUCUUUUGUGUUCCACAGAUGAAAGAAAAUCAAACAGGUUUGAAAUGACAUGAGGGGAACAAGAUGGUGACAGAAUUUUCAUUUUUGGGUUAACUAUCCCUUCAACUUUAACUCCAUCUUUACCAUUUUCUUUUAGAAGUUUUUUUAAACUACUUUUAUGGAUGGACAAAUAUGAAUUAGGUUUAUGUGUUAAUGCAUUCACGUUCAGUUGCCUUCAUAUGAACUAAUAUUAAUUGAAAUCUUUUGUGGAGUAACCUAUUGCAGCAGCAUGUGUAAUAAGAUCUAAGCCGUCAUUUGUGUCUUCUCUUUCUCUGGCUGUACGAUGCUGAUUUUAUUGCCUUUCAUUUCAUCACCUUAAAGAAGCACAGAUAUAAAUUCUUGGACAAACUUUAUAGCUAGUCAGCCCCUCUGGAACAAAUCCCUGUUACAAGUAUUGCUGCAUGAUAUUAACAAAGCUACACUUACUCGAAAGAAAGACUACAAUUUGUAACUACAGAUCACUGAAUUAUGCCUGCACACACUUAGAAUCAGAACAGUAGUGCCUGCCUCUGUACAUAGUCACAGUACACCCAUUUUCAUAGAGAACCUAAUAAUGCGUUUCAGAUUGUUAGGGUGUAGUCAUGUGUGUGUAUAUAUACGUACAUGGAUUUUGUGUAAAUGUUCAGAAUUACUUUCUUUGUGCUGUGGAAACACUUUUACAGCAGAUAUGCUAUGAGUAAGCUUUAGCAUAUGUACUGUAAAAAAAUAUGUAGAUGGAACUUGAAAUUGCACAUAGAGGUUUAAAAGUGAGCAGAUUGCUUUUAAAAUGAGCAAAAAAAAACAAAAAAAAAAACACUUGCAUCUGGAUCUGAAAUGGCGGCGUGGAUGCAAUGUCCUAAAAAAGCUCCUACUCAAUGUCAUUCCAAAAGUAAUAAAUCACCGCUGGCAAGUUCAUGGCGUAUCUCGUAAGAUUGUAUGUAUAAUUGCAUGAGCUAAUGCAACCCAUUGCCUUUUUAAUCUCCUUUAAACUUGAAAAGCCCAUAAGAAUGUUUUACGAAGAAAAUAUAUUGUUUCUUUCUUUUUUUAAUUAGACUUGUCAGCAGGUUUUUAUUUCUUCGUUUUCCUUUACUGAAACACUGAAUGAUUUUCAAGUACAUUUCAUUUUAUUACACUCCCGCUUGUGUAGUUUUCUUUGUAUGUGUCUAUCCACCUUGGUUACUGUGUUUGCAAAUGUACAUUUCAGUGAUAUACUGUGGCAAACCAUGGUGCAUCAAGUCAACAACAUAAAGAGCUUCUUUGGACUGUGGGAAUCUUUAACAGUGGUAUUUAUGAUGGUGAUCAAUCAGUGUCAUCGACCUUCAAGCCCCCCCAUUAUAGUCCAGUUUUCAGUUUGUCUAGUGUCAUUUUAAAAGUUGCCUGUUGAUACAUCCGACUAUAUUGUGACGUUAUGUAUCCUGUACACUAAAUGUAUUGUUAUGCAUGGAAACACAAGCCCUAUUCAUCCCAUAUAGUCCUCAAAAUCCUCAGAAACCUAUGGCAUCCUCUGGUUAUGGAAGAGACCAAUGAAUUGAAAGCCAGGAGGACAAUGUGAGUGUGCUUUAAAGCUUGUGUGCCUCCAGGCUCUUCUGAUGGACUGCAUCAGGCAGAUUGGAAGGAGGAUGAACUCGGCAUCACCAUCAUUUUCAUGCCUUAAACUUCUCACUAUCACCACUUAAAGCUUGGCCUGAAGAGCACAAAACAAUUGAUGGUAAUGGACCUACAAUCCAGUUUUGGUUCUUUCUUAGCAAGCAUCUCCAUUGUACAAGAGUUUUCUAUAGAGCUUGAAAGAAAGUCAAAUUUCUUGGUAUCCUUGAGUAUAGCUUGUGAGAUCUCAUUUGGUGCAAUAGUACAUAGUGUUCAUAUCAUUUUCAUUUCAGAGCCUCAUGCACAUUAAUUGUUGUUUCGAACAUAGUGAUGGACAUCUGCGUUGUUAAAACUCAAGCUAACGAAAAAAGCUGGCUCACUUUCUCAAGGGCUUACUUUCAGUUCUUUAGGUGUCUGUUUCCCUUGGGGGAGAAGGUGUAUGUGAACAACAAUGUGUGUUUGUCAAUGACAAUCUAUCACUAAAGGGUGGAAUCGGAAAUUACUUUAAUAGAUCACUUUUUAGGUCUUCAUUUACUCUCCACUAUUCUUAAGAAAACAGUUCUCAUGAUCAUUAAUCAAAAACCCAGUCAAAUACUGUAAAAGGUAUAGAUAUCUAACUCUGUGCUAGUAAUAUCUGUUAAGCUUUCACGUGUUUUGUAUUGUCGUGUUACAUUAGUACCCUGUCAGUGGGCUAUGAUGGGAGCAACCAUUCUUGUUUUUAAAUCACAAACCUGUCUGAAACAUGUAAAACCUAAAAUAAGAUCCUCUACAAUAAUAUAGAGAGAUUAUUUUUUUCUGUGUGAAAGGAAAAAAAUUUAAUCAAGCAUCUGUUACGACUGGCCAAAUAAAAUGCUCAAAUAAAAAAACA